UCUAACCUCUGCUUUUGAAUAACUUAUUCUCAAUAAAACAGCAGUCUAUGCGUUAGCUAACCGUUCAUCUCAUGUUGUUACAAUUUCACAGAUGUUGCUUGUAUUAUUUGCCACAAUAAUUCUGUUCAUACCGGCCAUGAUAAUGACUUCACAAUCUCCUCAGGGAGUCUACUUUGAAAUAAAAGAAAACAGUUUUCUUUCUGCUGAUACUCAGUGGGAUGCCAAAGCUGACUCUUUACAGACCUGUUCGUUGCUGUGUGCGAGGGAAGCUGGUUGUGAAAGUGCAAAUUUCUUGGAAAACCAAAGAUCCUGUUUACUCCUUGGAAAAGAACAAACUCAUCUGACAGGAAAACUUUCAAAACGAGAGGGAUCCUUCUAUGUGAGAAAGAAUAAGCUUCCAGGAAUCUCCAGUUCAUUGGUUUCCUCGUGCCAGAACCUUCGCAACCAACUCCCCUCUCUUGCCUCUGGUGGUUAUUGGAUUAAUCCAGAUGAUGGAUCCCAGGACAAGGCUUUCAGGGCUUACUGUGACAUGGAAACAGAUAGAGGGGGCUGGACUCUAGUGUAGAGCUAUAAAUUCACUGAUUACAAUAAUUUUUCUUCGGCUACAAAUGCGGUCACACCGAGGCCAAACUGGCAGGUGAACUCUGAUGCUAACGUGCC